AUGGCCGACAAGCUCCGCACAAUUCAGAACCUCGAGGCUCUCCAGUCCCGCUACGUCGGUACCGGCCACGCCGAUACUACCAAGUACGAAUGGACCUCCAAUAUCCUUCGCGACAGCUACUCUUCCUACGUUGGCCACCCGCCCCUGCUGUCAUACAUGGCUGUCGGUAUGGGCGAGCCGAAGGAGAAGGUGCGCACGAUGAUGCUGGAGAAGAUGGUUAGAGGUGCUGGGAAUCCGCCGGAGACGCAGGAGUAG